GUGUCCCAACCUAGCUGUGAAAGAGGCCGAUGAGGAUGAAGAAGUGGAUGAUAACAUUCCUGAAAUGCCCUCCCCAAAAAAGAUGUUGCAGAGCAGGAAGAAAAAGCAAAUCAAGAAUCGAAUUUCCUGGGUGGGAGAUAUUAUCAAGAGCGAUGGCAAGAAAGAUUAUUACCAGAAAGUGUGCAUUGAUUCAGAGACUCUGCAAAUUGGUGAUUGUGUUUCUGUGAGCCCCGAUGACCCCACCAAGCCUCUGUAUCUUGCAAG